UCGGAGUUCAUUGGCUAAACAAAUGGUUAGGAUCCAAAAGAACAGAGGCGCUUUGAGUAAAUUUAUUCAUAACUUAACUACGCAAAACUUGUAUACCCUAUUUUUGUCAUGCCAUCAUGAUAGUAUUGAACAGCGAUUUCUCAUCAACGGGUUACAUCCAAUAAAAAUAAACUCGUAGUUUAAAAUUUGCAAGGGCAAAAUGAUCAUAAUCGACGCUGAGCUAUCUCACUGAGCCGGCAUUGGACAGCAAAUGUAAGACACGACAGAAGCUUGCGAUUGGUUGAUCAUUGAUGGUGGAUGCAAGGGCUAUGAAAUGGGUUGUAGGGUAGAAGCUAUAUUUUGCUUGAAGUAUAAGGCUGGUACGCUGUUAAGCGUGUGCUGAUGACACGGAUACUAUUCCGUUCCUACGUACUGGAUAGGAGAUGGGCCGUAGGGGAAUGAAUACGGGCAAGUGCAACACAGACAAACAAGCAGUACAAGAUUGAGGAACUCUUGUAUUAUGCUUUUCCAGUGUUUAUCGCGUGUUCUUAUACGUGUGAUUGAAAGGAAUCAGUCGUUAAUAUCAACAAGCUGUAUAUUGCAGCUUGCGAUUAUCAAACGACUUUAUUGUCCAUCCACGAAGUUACACUCUAUAUAUUUUUCCGCCCAGCGCUUGCCUUAAAGACUACGUGUGCGGCGCCGAAUUCAAUAGCUUGCUUUGGUCGGAAGCAGGCCGAACAAUUUUUUGUGCUAAAAAUAGCUAGUGUGCAAAGUAAUAUACACAGUAUCUUCUCCAUCGAUACUGAAAAGAAGCAUUAGAUACGCAUAAUAGUGAACUAAGUACUUAAACAAACUUCACAGGUAGUAGGAAGGGGUACAGUUGUUAGGACACAAAGCAAGAAAUUUGCGUGUAAGACACUGAAUGCUACAAGUAAUAUUUGUGUGAGACGAUGGCAGUCAUUGUACACGCAGAUUUAACCUUUUUGUUUGUAGAGCCCUUUUUAGUAGGUAGUUCCCGAUGAUGGCCUUAGUACUGUUCUAUCAAAUAGGUGUGAUAUAAUUUCGUUACCAAAAAUUAAUGCAGUAUACACUUGUCUAAACUAAAUAAUAAAUACGCAAUAGUUUGUUCCGAUGGAACAUCUUGUUUUUCUUUAAAAUGCUCUCAAAUUUUAUUCAUCGUGGCCUCCUAUAACACAAUAGCAGGUUUUAUAAUACCAUUGACUAUUUUCCAUCGAAAUUAUGUUGCUGUCGUUAGAAUAUCUGAGAGACAAACAGUCCUUAGGCUGUAAGCCGCAUUUAUUAGCUUUACACUCGGUUAUAACUGAACUGCUUAUCCCAGUGCGGAAUAGUUCCAUUCGUUUUGUACACUAUAUCUUACUGACAGAUACACAGUAAUAUAACCCUAGCGUAAAUUACGAUUUGCAGUGAAGUGUUUUACAACUAGGAGCCCACCCAUUGGUGCCAACGUAAAGUUAGCAGCCAGUAUCCUAUUGCGCUUUUUUAUUUACAUUAAUUUAAAAUAUCGAAAUAAUAAAAAUAUCACGCUAUUUGAAGUGCUUUGUAUAAUGUUUUAUACAGACGAAUAAAGUGCUUAUCCUUGUUGUUCAAUCGAAAGGACGUUAAUUUCCUGCCAUUUAAUUUCCACAUUCAAUCUCGACACAGCUGCUCGUAGAGGUCGAUUCUGGGAUUCGUUACGAUGUAAACAAAAACAGACUGACGUAGGCGAGCGAAGCGGUUACGAUGAGUGUGUGUCGGUGCAACUCAGCAACGGUGUAAGAACAACAUAGAAAAGCAAACACCGCUAAUGUUCUAACUGAGUAAUUGUGCAAAUAAAUGUGUAAUGAUGUGUGUCAGCCCCUUAUUCUGUAUUGAAUAGGUUCUUUAUUUAAUUUCUUAUUGUACCUGAAGAAACAAGUCACAGUUUUUGCACUGAACCCGAUAAAGAUGCCAGCAAUACGCAAGGCACAACGGCUUGUAAAGCCAGUCGUUAGCGAGGCUGGUCCAACUCAAACCCGGCCUUCGAUCGAUUAUUGGGAAGUGGAGUCGAAGGAAGUAGAACACGUUCAGGCUUCUGAAAAUCUAGUGAGAUUUUCCGAUUUGUGCAAAGACUUGAAAAAAAAAAUGCGCCUCAUCGAUGAAAACAAAAAGAAAGGCAACGCUGCAGAGGCCGACUGGCUUAAAGCUCAAUGUCUCGCGACGAUGGUCGCCUUGCGUAAAUUAAACCGAUUAGAUAAACACCGAUUAAAAGCUACCCGAGAUGCUGUUCGAGAAAACCGAUCGCGCGUGGACAACCUUCAUCUUCAGCUGCAGAAUUUAGUAUAUGAGGUUGGCUACCUUCGGUCGGAGGUGGAAAAGUGUCACGAAUUCAAGUCGAUGCAUGAGCAGAUUGAGUUGGUUCCCCUUGAAGAAUUCCUUGAAUCGGCACCCGACGAACUACGUUCGGGCGGCGUUUCCGAGCAUGAAAUAACUAUGGCCCGGUUGCGACACGAGCUGGCGCUCCGUAGAGCACUCGCGACACGGCUCGAGACCAGCGUUUCGCGAAAAAAAUGUUUAAUUGAUGAUAUCGAAGCAAAAGAAAAGAUCUUGCUAGGUGUUCAGCCAACGCUGGACAACAUUCUCGAGGCUGCUCAGCCGCUCUAUUCUCAUCUUGGCAUGACGUUACAGAGAAAUCAGCCCGAACACACAAAUGCAGCGUUUCUCUGCCGUCCUUUAUACAUUGUCUACGUCGAAGCUGCUGCUUUUCAAGAGGUGUACCCGAAUCUCGUUGCCUCUGUCGCUAUUGACGGAGAACCUGACGACGCCAAAAAGAUUCUGGCGAAGAUGCAAGCCUCAGGAGGAGCGGAAGACGAUUCCGACUCAGAGGCAGAAGAGCUAGUUGCACAGGUUCAAGUUGCUAAAAAGAGGAAACGAAAGUCGCGAACCGCUUCCAGAGGUGGCAAGGCGAACGUAGAGGAACAAAAUCAAUUAAAAGCCUUCCUUCGACCUUUCCCGCUUUCAGUCACAAUUACUUUAAAAACUCCAGAUGAGGGACAAUUUCCGGUCAGGUUUUCCUACGUGACAUCCCUAAGGGUGGUGUGUUGUAAACUGGAGGUGGAGCACAUUGCUGAGGUUGACUCACUAUUGGAUGGCUUGUAUCCAGGGGACAGCGGGCUCACUUCGCCAAAUCCAACGACGCAUUACCUACUCGCAAAAAACGGUGUUGACAACCUCGAACGAGCUCUAUCUGUGUGCAAUCUUGGAAAGCCGUACCAAUGGACACAGUGGCUAGCUGGUUUAGAUUACUUGUCUUCAUCAGCGUCAUCUUCCUCACUUCCUACAUCGCAGCAGCCAUGCGCCGACUUGAGUCGGCGGCACUUUGAACGAACGUUUCGACUUAUCGUAGAUCGGUUGUCAACUCGGGUAGCCCUCAGCCAGCAACUGGCGCAACUGGCCGAAGGGCAAAUCGUCGUUGAUGGAGCAAACAGAUUUCCACAGAAAGUGUCAAGCGUACUCCAGAGAUUCGUGAAAAUCACAGCAGAAGAGGCAAUAAUGCGUAUUGGCUUUGGCACAGGCACGGAGAAUGUUAAAGAGAUGAUGUCAAAGGAAUCGUUGUUCUUCGACGUUACCAUAACGAAAGAUGAGAAAUGCCUUGAAGCUCUGGUAGCCGUUCCUCAGUCGUAUCCACAGGAAGCUCCAUUUUGGUUUUUCUCAUUCGGAGGUACCACCUCAUUACUGAAUGCCGGUUUGCGCGAUUUGGAACGGACAGUUAACUGUUUCCGCGUUUCGAUGGGAUUGGGGAUAGCUUCAGAUCGAGAAAACUCUCAGCUUCUUAGCUUACAAGCCAUGCAGGCUCUGGUCGCAUUUGAAGUGAUGCUUGACGUGGAUCAGCUUCGGGUUGCACGAAGAACCUGUGGCAAGGAUCGCGCCAAGCCGUUCAACUAUGAACCGUCAGUGGGAAUAUUCACACCGAAUUGAAAUGUUCAUCAGAACAACUAUAUAUUUAUAUAUAUAUAUUAUGAAUUUAAUCGCUAUUAUGACAUCAUUACCCAGUAUAUGAAAAUAUACAUAUUGUUCUUC